AUGUUAUAUAAUAAUAUACGCAUAAUUAAUCUAUAACCUGACCGGUUAAACUUUAGCCAGAACGUUACUAGUAAAAACUUAGUUGUGAAGAUAUAAACGAAAAUGAAAGAGUUCCUAGUGCUUACAUUUACAACGGUUUUGAUACAUCAGUGUUUUACUUUAACACUUCCUUCCACUUUCACAAAGUGCGAUAAAAGAAAAAGUGACUUUAAUCAGUGCCUGUCGAGAGCGAUUCAAGAUGCUGUAAGUCAGUUAGACAAGCCGUUCGACGAUUACGGUUUGCCCAGUCUGGAACCGCUGGUGUCGAAAGACUUACUCGUGGAAUUUGGAAACGAAACCACUUGCAUUCGCCAAAAAUACAGCAACUUUAAAAUUCACGGUUUCACGAAAAUAAAUACAACAAAAGCAGAACUAGAUUUUGAAAACCAAGUCUUGUGGCUUAAUAUGACCUUCUUCAAACUAGUUUUCGGGUAUGAGCACCAAAUACGCGGCAGAUUUAUUGUGUUGCCUAUGGAUGUGUCCACAGUGGCGAAAGCAACAUUAACAAGUCCGACGUUCAAGAUGAGAUACAAAUUUGAACCGUACUUGAGGCAGAACGAGAAGUAUGACAAAGUCGUUGACAGUCGACUCAUAAUGGAAGCACAAAAUAUAACUUUCAAUUAUGGAAAUUUGUUCGACAACAAGCGACUGAGCGAAGACAUUGUUGCCCAGUUUAACGCAAAUUGGGAAGACAUUUUGCAGUUCUGGCAAGCAGCUUUUCUCCAGGUGUACGUUAACGUGUUUGAGAAAAUAUUUAACGACUUCUUGUACAGAGUCCCGGUUCAUGAAAUAUUUGAUGGGUUUUAGUUGGUAAUAAUUAGGUCCCAAAAUUGACGAAAUAGGUUAUAAAAAUCUUAGUUUAGGUUAAAAACCUGGAGGAAAAAAUAUUUGCUCAACGAAAAAACAUACAUCAAA